AACCAAGAAGAAGAAGAAGAAGAGGAGGAGGAAGAAAACAUUAUUGGAACCAAGUGCCAUGGCGGUCUGAGCAGCUGGGAAAUAUCAAUAGAUUUUCCGCCUCUCUGUCCAGCACCUUCGAGGCUCCGGCUUUUCCACAUCAGGCCAAGAUGUCUGACGAGGAGAUGGAAUACAGUGAUGACGACUUUGAUGCCUACUAUGAGGAGGAGUAUGACAGAGAUGUGGACCAUGUUGAUCCACAUAAGAAUGAUCCAGAGUACUUCCAUGUGGCUUGUCUCACUGACACAGAGGUGGAGCGCCUCCUCAACGAGUCUGUGGAGCAGCUGUCCAAUAGCAUACAGGUGACUCCCUCCUUGGCCAAGCUAUUGCUGCACAUGUAUGGCUGGAACCAGAUGGAGAUUGUGGAUGGUUACCGCCAGGACUGCAACCGCCUCCUCACAGCAGCACACAUCAAGCCCCUGACACCCCCCCAGUCAGUCCCCAGCACCCAACAAGGGGAAGGAGAGAUCACCUGCCCUGUCUGCCUGGCACCCAUGUCCCUAGAUAAUGCCAGCCAUCUGUCCUGUGGCCACACCUUCUGCAAAGACUGCUGGAGUAAACACUUUGAGGUUCAGAUUACACAUGGAAUAUCAACAGGGAUAGAGUGCAUGGGAAACAAAUGUCAGGUUCUUGCCCCAGAGGACUUUGUGCUGCCCCUAUUGAAGUGGCCCAGACUGAGAGAGAAGUACCAGCAGUAUGCUUUUUCUGACUAUGUGAGGAGCCACCCACAGCUGCGUUUCUGCCCCGGCCCGAACUGCAACAUUGUAAUCCAGGCCAAGGAAUGCCGGGCCAAGAGGGUCAACUGUACAGCUUGCAAGUCUCAGUUCUGCUAUAGGUGCGGCAAUGACUACCAUGCUCCAACAGACUGCGAAACAAUCAAGCGCUGGCUCACCAAGUGUGCUGAUGACAGUGAAACUGCCAACUAUAUCAGUGCACACACCAAAGAUUGUCCAAAGUGCCACAUCUGCAUAGAGAAGAAUGGGGGCUGUAACCACAUGCAGUGCUGCAACUGUAAGCAUGACUUCUGUUGGAUGUGUCUGGGCUGCUGGAAGACCCAUGGAUCCGAAUACUACGAGUGCUCCCGCUACAAGGAGAACCCAAACAUUGCUCAUGAAUCUGCUCACGCCCAGGCCCGUGAGGCUCUCAAGAAAUAUCUUCACUACUAUGAGCGUUGGGAGAAUCACAGCAAGUCCCUUAAGCUAGAGGAGGAGACACUAGCCAAAAUUCGAGAGAGGAUCCAGGAGAAGGUGAUGGCUGGCACAGGCACCUGGAUUGACUGGCAGUACCUUCUGGAUGCUGCUGCCCUGCUGGCACGGUGCCGCUACACACUGCAGAACACCUAUCCCUUCGCCUACUACCUUGAGUCUGGUCCAAGGAAGGACUUGUUUGAGUACCAGCAGGCCCAACUUGAGGCGGAGAUUGAAAACCUCUCCUGGAAGAUUGAACGUGCUGAGAUGACUGACAGGGGAGACUUAGAAAACCAGAUGGAUAUUGUCGAGAAGCGGAGAACUACCCUACUGACAGAUUUCCUGCAAGUAUGAUGGGGGCUGUGGAAGUAGACUCAGUUUCCAUCUGCAACUGCCCUCCUUCAUCCUUCCCAUGCUUCCUCUGAGUGCUGGUACAUCCCCCUCAGUAGCUUUGUUUGCAGUGGGGAUGAACCACUUGCAGCUCUUGUAUCUGUAGAUGAUGCUGAGUAGACAGUGUUUGGAUUUCAUUUAUUUUAUCCCUAUUUAUUUAUAUUGUUUUGUCUUGUUACCUGUAUACCGGUAUUUUUUCUACAUCUUGUUGGGUUGAAAAAGCCACUCACCACCACUGUGUCAGGGGUUUGUGUUACAGUGUGCUUUCAUAAGCAGCCUUUGUUUGUUGAGCCAUUGUUCUUAUUUAAUGACUUUGAGAGCUCGGUAGUAUACAACGUUGUUAUUAAUUAAUGACUCGCUGAGGGCUCAACUGUAUACAAGACCAAAUCGAAAUUUGGUAGCAGCCAGCCAUACCAUGCCAGAUGAUACCAUUACUUGUUAUCAACUGUUACUUUCAUCUAAUUACUGCUGUUCCUGUUGCUUGUUCUAUUAGCAUGGCAGCUGUAGCAGGUGGAGGUGCCUGGGCCCAGAGGUGGCACUGGGGCACAGUGAGUUUAGGGGUGGUCACCACCAUUGUCAUCAGUUAGUAGUUGUGGACUCUUAUGCAACUCUGUCUUGGAUCAGUGUAUGUAUGUAUUUAUGUAAAUAUGUAUACUGUAUAUAUAAAUGCAGUGUGGUAAACCAUAGUCCACAUCAUUUAAUGUGACCUUCUGCAGGUUAGGUCAGCACAGACUAAGGUCACCAUUUAAUUAUUUAUGCAAAUGCAGUGCUAAUCAGUGUUGCAAACAGUCAUCAGUUUUGCUUUGUCACAGCAAUCCUGGUAUGUAUCACUUGGAAAAUCAGCAACACCUGUAUGUACACUAUUUACUGUGACAACUUCCAUCGUGAUGUUUUGUUGCUUAAGUCUUCAGUAUUGUCUUCUUGGAAGACGGAAGAAAGCCACCUUUUUUUUCACCUUCCAGAUCGGCAGGCAGUCUUGCAUGUGCAAUUGAGUAGGCAGAUUUGGUAUGCAUGAAGUCUUUACAAUUUUUAUGGUUUGGAGUUUGAGGGUACUUUUGCAAAUUCAGACUUUGUUAUAUAUAUAUAUUUAUUUUUUGCAUUGUAAUAGUCAUGUAAAUUUUUGACAAGUUAUGUGUGUCUUUGUAGUUCGCUGUUUCUUGUGUCUGCAUUGGUUUGAUUCUGAAUGAUGGAUGGUUAUGUAGUGUGUGUGUGUGUGUGUGUGUGUGUGUGUGUGUGUUGGUCUGAUAACUGCAAGAAUCUGUAUCAAAUAGGGACAAGUGUAUCCUGAAAGUGGCUCAGAAAGUUUAUUCAUCAAACAAGCAAAGCCAGCAACUCAAACACAACUCACAAAGUUCUUGGUCACAUACAGGUGUUCAUCUUCCAGUCUAUUCACCUGGAGUAAUGAAAUUUUGAAAUGAAAAAUAUACAUAUCCCUGUUGCUACUUUUUUUGUGUUAUAUAAGAAGAAUGAGCAAUACCGGUUUUCACUGCCAUGUGGAGUGAUGUGAAAGUUUGUCAUUCUUAAAUAGCUCCAGUGUUUCUGAGCCACUUUGCUAGCCAGUGUUGGUCAAGGUGCCAGUUCCAGACAGAGUCAAUUUCAGGGCAUUUCAUUUUAUACCACUGUUGUGAUAAUAAAAGGAAUAAUAUUU